GCGCACAUCGAGCACUUGCUGAGCAGGAGCACGGAACAAGCUGGGGAACCGAGGUGGUAUUUCUCUCUCAAAGCGGUAUUUAAGAUAUUUGCUGAUACAUUUAUGGAACAUUUCAUGUUAAUUUAACUUCUUUAACUGCAUAAUUUGAGCGUGCUCAUUGCUGGUAGGCUAUAUAAAGAGGUUUAUAUGUAGGUCAAUUGACUGUUUUGAUGUCCGACUUUGUUAGUGUAGUCAUUGCCCGCUAGAUGGCGGAACUGAGUCGUAUUUAUGUUGUACACGUGCUGAUGUCAACAUAAAUAUUCGUCGCCCCAACGUUCAGAAUGAGUGUCGAGGUAAAGACUCCGACACGGACUCAGUUCGAGCACACUGAGUUCCACUGUGGUGAGAAACAGUUAAGAAGUGGAAAUUCUCCGCCUCUCAGAAAGUUUUCAUUCGGUGACAAUAAGAACCAGAAUGAAGGAAAACAGGUCAGGAAACGUCGCUUCAGCCAGUUUCGUGCCGAGACAAACCAGCAACACCAGUCUUUUGGCUUCAGGAGAAAGAGGCUGAAGUCCAUGCCAUCAGAAACAAUAGUGCUUCCUACUAAAUUUCUUCUUGGUGGAAAUAUCAACGAUCCAUUAAACCUAAAUAGUAUGAAUGACAAGGAGAUUGACAAAGUGUUAAACGAGAAAACUCCAGUAUCUUCGCCCUUACCUACUCCUCUUCAUCGACAGAAGGUUGAAGUUCAUAUUCCAACAAACAUCACUGACCCUUUGAAUCUGAAUUUAGACGAGGACUGGAAUUUGACAAAAGGUGCAAAUCGCAAUAAGAAAAAGCACAAACAUAAAAAUAAGAAGAAAGGAGAUUCAAGCCAAAAUACAUCCACUUCUUCAGUCAUGUCAACAUCUUUGUCAAAAGAACCAUGCUCUGAAAAACGAAAGGGUCUUCUGGAAGCAUUAAGGAUUGAAAUUGAUGACGAUGACAUUGCCGUCCCAAAUGCUCCAGAAACUAAAAAGACAUCUACAACAUCUACUGAGACAUCAGAAAGUGCUAAGACAGUGACUGUUAAUGUUCCUAAUGCAGAUAAAAUUGUUUCUCCUGUCAUUUCGCAGAUUUCACCAAGUAACCCUUUUUACCGACGCCGACGGCGGACUCUAAGCAUGAGCGAUGCCAGGCCAGAACCAUCUUCAUUAGUGUCACGAUCCAUUUUGAGAACCUCAUUAAGUCCACCGAGAUAUUCAUUAGAUCAGGACAAAGUCACACCACCAAAAAAGUUCAAAAGACAGUUCAGUCAAAAACCUGCAGAAAAGACAGCUUCAAGUUCAACUUCACACAAACAAUUUUCAAAAAAAGGAAAAUUCAUCUAUGGCAACUACAACAGGUAUUAUGGAUAUAGAAAUCCUGACACUGCAGAUGAUCACAGACUGAUUUCCUUCAAGAAAGAGUGGUUUGAGGGAAAGGAUGCAAUUGACAUUGGAUGCAAUGUUGGACAUGUGACAUUAGCGAUAGCAAAAGAAAUGCAUCCUCGUAAAGUUAUAGGAAUCGACAUUGAUUCUAGUUUGAUUGCUGCUGCUAGAAAAAAUGUGAGACAUUAUAUCUCAAAAGAGAACACGGGAAGUUUUCCCAUUUCAAAUACUCUGAGUUACGGUCCGAUUGCUGCCCCACCAGUGAAUGAAGCCAACAGCCACCCAAAGUUUCCACACAAUGUUGUGUUUGUACAGGGAAAUUAUGUACCCGAGAGAGAAGAACUUCUAGAACUGGAAAAAGAAGAUUAUGACGUCAUCUUAGCUUUAAGUCUGACCAAAUGGGUUCAUCUCAACUUUGGUGAUGAUGGCCUUAAGCGGAUGUUCAAGAGAAUCUACCGACAGCUGCGACCUGGUGGGAGACUGAUUUUGGAGCCUCAGCCCUGGUCCUCAUACAAGAAAAAGAAGAAAUUGACGCCUGAGAUUUUUGAAACCUUCAAAAGCAUCUCCUUGAAACCAGAGCAGUUCUCUGACUACCUUCUGUCAAAAGAGGUCGGAUUCUCAACGUGUGAGGUUGUAGACACUCCAUUCAACAAGUCUAAAGGUUUCCGUAGGACUAUCCAGCUCUUCACAAAAGCAGAAACGGCAGCCAACAGCCCAAAACAGGACGACUCUGCAACUAUUACUGAAACAGCAGCUAGUGCCCCAACUCCGAUAAGUCCAGAGCAAAAUAUGGAAGCAUCGGAAACAUGUGCUGGACUGGAGAAUACAAAACCAAAUGAGAGCUGAAUCAAGCUGAUCUGCGGAUACACUGGAUUUAACUUAACCAGACAGUGUGUGUUGGAACUGAUAACUGUGGUUACAUUGAAAAUUAGAUACAAUAGUCUUUGAAAAAUUGUAUGUGUUGACAUGUUACUGCCAUACUUGUGCAUUUUGGUGUUGAUAAAUGUCUUAUUCUUACUAUAAAACUGACCAGAAACUGAAACCAGAAGAUGAAUAUAUAUAAUAUGUAGUAAUCUUAGAUCUAAUAGCUACUGCAGUUUACAAGUCUUUCAGAAGUUCAUUUUAUCCUAUUUUCUCAAAACAUUCUCAAUUAACUCUUUUACAAAUAAAUGAUUAUGCAAUGUUUGAAUGAUUCUUGAUCGAAAAACUGAAGAUGUAUACUUUACUAGGUAACUGCUGUGAUCUAUAUACUAGGUACCUUAAUUGUGUAUCUGCAGUGUAAAGACAAGAAAAACAUAACUUGAUGUUACUUACUUAAUACUGAUACUUCUUGCCAGUAACUUUAAAAAAAAAUGAAAAUAAAUCGUUAUAAUCUACGAUUUCAAUCUCAUGAUAUUGAAUGAUUUGACAAAAAGUAAAAAGAAAAAAUCAGCAAUUUUGUGUCUGCUAUUAUAAUAUUAUUUUAAUGAAAGGUCAAGGGAGCAUUUAACUUUGUAAUGAUAAAUAAGCAGAGUAGACCUGUAAAAGACGUAUUUAGGUAUGAACAUUCUCAAUGAUGACAAGUGCUGAUGUAAGUGAAACAACCAAUAAGAGUUCACUGUAAAGACCUAGUUUUGUCUGAUUAGAAACAUAACUGUAAAAAUGUUGAAUUAAACCAAUUGUGUAAACACAGUCAGAAUCAUGAAGUUUCUUUAUUGUUUCUUAGAGGGAAUGAUAUUGUUUGGACUUCUCAUGCAUCGGUUACAACAGUGCAAAGUCUGUUUUAAAACUUGAGGUAGGCUUUGGAUCAUCAUAAAAGUCCUCUGGAUAUUUUCUGAUAACUUUCGGAAUUUUUUUUUGAUGCAUAUAUUUUUCUGAAACUGAAUGACGUUCAUAAGUUCCUGCUUGAUAAAUAACUAUCUCCCUUAGAUAAAGUCUGCACCUGUUUAGCGAAGUAACCAUUAGUUAACUUUUAUGUUUGAUUUUCUUAUACAAUACAAGGCAAAGACUGAAUAUGCGAAUCAAGGGGGUGUACUAGAAUAGGGGCAUCUGUUAGAUUGUCUGGACUAAAUUUAUUUGUUUUGAUUAAACACUACUUUUUGACAUGGUGACACAUUUUUGCAGAGUUGUGUCCCUUUUCUCAAGAAUGUCUGAUACAUGCACUUCUGAUAAAUGUGCAUAUAUGUUUUAUCUUGACAUUUUUUUUUAGAGUUGAAAUUAAAAAUGACAAAACAAGCAGUCUACUCUUAAAAUACUCCAUAGAAAUUAAGGAAGCUUAAACAAGUGAAAUUUCUCAGAAUACAUGUAUAUGUGUACUUUGUACAAUUAAUCACUUUGCAAUUGAAUUUUUAUUUCUUUAUUUUGCUUUAUACCCCACUCAAUGCUGAAACAAGUAAGCUCCUUUUCAGUUUUCUGGCUACAUGAUAUGUAUGUACAGUAUCCCAAUGGGAAAAUAUUUUUCCAAAUAAAUAGAACGGAAAGAAUAUAUUUUUCUUUCAAAAUCUUUUCAUGGAUAUCAAAGUUUUUUUUAAUUCCGGAUAAUAUUUCCCCGAUUUUGCAAUUGUGUCCAAAAUUUUCCUAAUUUUAAUUCAGAGAUCUUAACCCAAAUACAUUCUAUAACAAAACAAAAAAACCUGUUUGACAUUAAAAUGUUUUGUUCAAUGUCAACCAUGCAUCUUAUUUGUUUUAGUCCAUGUUUGUGAGAUAUUGUUAAAUUGUCCUAAAACUUGGAUAUGUCCAUUCUUAUCUAUGAUGUAUCUUGGCCAGUUGUGGUAUUUGUAAUACAGCAUUCUCAUUCUCAUUUCGUUAUUUAGUUUCAUUUACAAAUGCAUUUUUGUAGAAAUAAAAUCAUUCAUUGAUUGUUUAACCAAUUUCUGAAAUCAAUAUUGAACACUAGUUUGCAAUUAUUUUAACAUUUUCAGUUGUUUUCCGAAACUCAACCUUCAAUGUUUUUCAAACUUGUAAAAAGUGGAUUUAAAGGAAUAUUGAAUUUCAACCCCUUAGAUAAGAUUGCUAUCAUUUCCUCCGACAAUUUUCCCUCUGUUUAUGAGAUUAAUAGAGUCUUUCACACUCUGGAAAAAAUACAGAAAAGAUCUUGACCCUAUGGGUCUGGCCCUUGUUUUUCCUCACACCAGACAUUUAAUAUUGCAAAUCUUGCCAUGCUUGAUGAUUGAGAAAUGUUUCUGUCCUACUCCAAAUUGGGGAAAGAUAUAUUUCUCCCACCUCAAAUAUGAGUGUUGAUGGCAUGAAAUACAAACAUAGUUUAACAGUAGGGCCAAUAGAGAUCCUUCCAUAAUCUACUUUUCUUGACGAGACACCAUAUUGAUUAUUUUUCUGACGUCACAUCAUUGUUUAUAGCAGCUUGUGUGGCUUGUCUGUACCCUAACAUGUGUCUGUCCAAGAUGUCUAAUCCUUUUGUAAAUACAAUGAAUUUUGUUGAAACCAAAAAAUCCAAGAUGGGUGAAUUCCAUGUCUGCUUCAUACAGAAAUUAUAUAUCUGAGAAUAACUAUGCUAGUUUAAAAAGGUAUAUAUUUUCCUUGAUCAUUGAACAAAAUGCUUCAUGAUUUGAGGUACAAUGUAUGCUAUGUUUUUUUCCACUUUUCUCAUGGGGUGAUUUUUUGGCAAAUACUCAAAUAUUUAUCAUUAUAUCGACGAAAAACUUGAAAAAUUUAAUUACAUACAUGAGAUGUCUCUGUUCAAGGUAAGUAGGGAAAUCUGUCCAUUUUCAAAAUGAUUGUACGUUAUGUUGGUGGAGCACAAAUCCCAUCCUCAAUUUCCAGGGGUUACGAUCACCUACACUCUCUACAGUAGAGGGUGUAGGUGAUUGUAACCCCUGAAAAAAUCGAGGAUGCACAAAUCCUGACUGUACCCGGUCUUGUUCAAAUUCGAAGUUUAGGGUAAAUAUAGCAUGAUUGUAAACAGACAUUUCAUUGUUUGACCUUAAUACCACAUGACAAUUGGUUGUUGGUUGGUAAUGAAGCAGAACAGGUAGACAUUGCCUGCUUAUCAAGUCCUGUAUCCACUGGUUGGUGCAAAUGUAGACAGAAAACACGGCAACAUUAGCAGCGUCUAAUGUGCCAUUGCAAUAAUAUUUGUUGUUUGACAGGGUUUUUGCCAGGUGUUUAUAGGGUCCGGUACAGAAACCAUUCCCAAUUGAAAAAUUACCCUGCAUUUUCCCAAUUUCAGUCUUUAUUUUCCAAAUUUGAUUAAAAAGCAUGUUUAUAUAAGUUUCCAGUUGUAAUUUGUGCAACGUUCAAAGUGCAGGUGUAUUAUCGUCCAUGGAAGAGCAUUCAAAAUACAUAAAUAUUUGAAAUUGGAAAAGCAAAACACAAAAAAAAAAAAUGUUUGUUUAUAGCUAUACAUUUUACUGAAACAAACAGGUGGAGAAAAACAUUUUGCUAAUCAAAUUGCGGGUUGAAUUAAUCUAUGAUAUUUUCCCAAACCUGUACAUGUGGGAACACUGAUGAAAUUUCCCAACUUUUGCCAAAUGCCGAUGAUAUUUUCCCAAUUCCUGCUAAGGGAUCCUUUCCCAAAUUAGCUGGCAAAAACUCCGGUUUGCAACAUAAUGAAUCAUAACACAAGUUUUCAAAAUGCAUUUUUUUUAAACUUCUAAAAAAUUUGAAAUGUUUUUGUAUUUCUUAUCUUUGGACAUUGUAAAUCCCUAUACUUUUUGUUUAUAGUUUCAAUGUUUUUGAAAGUUCAUCAGAUGAAAUAUUUUUCGUAAACUUCUCAAUAAGCUAACUCGGCUUUAACCCUUUCACCACUGUAGAACAUUAUUGACUCUUCCAAGUUAAUGCAUAGUCGAAUUCGCUCAAGAUACAUAGGGGUGAAAGGGUGGAACAAUGUGGCUUAACAUUGAUUGUAUUGUUGCCUCUGACAACAAAAUGAUCCAUUUUUGGUCAGUUAGUCAGUAAGCAAUUUGAGGUGGUAACAAAUAAUUUCUUUGUUAAGGUGCUUACUUUAGCAUUAUUAAAUCAUGUGUUAGCAUUUUCAUGCAGAUUUGAAAGCGCUAAAUAAUAGCUGCUUAGUAUAAGAUAAUUAUUCUUCAAUGUUAUAUGUUAUUGGCAGCUUUAAUGCAAAAUAAUUAUGUGCGUAAUCAUUUGUGAGUGGCAUUAUUACAGUGAAAUGUAUAAAAUUGUAGUAAUGAGAAUUACUAUGAUUUCAAUGAUAUACAUGUAAUUUCUCCUGUGUAUAAUGGGGCAGAAAAUGUAGUUUACAAAUAUUGCCAGUAUGCAGUACAAGUAUCAGUGAUGUAUAUCUACUCUUCUAGAAGGAAUAUAAUGAUCUUAAGCUUUAUAAAUGUUAAAAAUAACACUGAAUAAAAUUCAGUCAAGUCA